AUGAAUUUGCUAAUUUUAACAUAUUUAGGCUACACAAUCUUAGUCCUAAUAGCCUAUCUUGUAAUUGCACCAAUUCCAAAGUUAUUGUACUAUAAGAUUAAGUAUGGAUCUGCAGUAGAUAUAUACUAUUUUCCAAUUAUUGGAUUAUUAGGUCAAAUCAUAAUAGAUUUGAUAUUUAGACAAGAUGCUUUCUAUUCCUAAAAAAGAUAUUUAAUAAAGAAUAAAAAACUCAAAUUACAUAUAUCUAAUGAUUUAAAAGGUGGAGUUCAUUUCUCCUUGAUUGAUCCAAAGCUUAAGAAGUUAGUGUUUUUUGAUUAAGAAUCUUAUAAGAAAAUGGAAGGCAUGCCUUUUGCAGACACAUUUGUAGAUUAAGGAUUACUUUUCUAGAAUGGACAGAGUUGGCAUAAAUCAAGAACAAUGUUAACCAAACAUUUUACAUAUCAAGAUCUAUUAGUAAUGGUAGAAACAUUAAAAUAGGAAUGCAAUAAACUUCAAUUACAAGAUGGUCCUAUUGAUAUAUUGUCAUUAUUGAAAUAGUUAACUAGUACAACUAUUACAAAAACAUUUUUUGGAAGUGAAAAUAAUGAUAUAUCAGAUUUGGGUGUUGAGGUUAAUAAAAAUAUGGAAAAGAUGAUGUUAUUCUUUUUAAAUCCUUUAAUUGUAUUGAGAUGUUUUGCAUUGAAAUUAAAUAAGACUACAACUCCUUCAUUUUUAUUAUCAUCUGGAGAAAAAGCAUUUCUUAGAGAACUGUAAGAUUAAAAAUAAAGAAUCACAUCUGAAAUUGAUCAAGGAAUUAAAAAAAUCAAAGAGAAUUAAAUUGUAUAAGAUAAUAUAUUAAUGACUAUGUGUAAAGAAAUAAUUAAUAAUAAUAUUACUAAAGAAGAAGCUAUUCAUUAAUAUUUCACACUUUUAAUAGCUGGCAUAGAUUCAACUAGUCAUGUUGUUAAAAAUUUUUGUUAUGCCUUAGGUUUAUAUCCAGAAAUAUAAAAUAGACUUAGAAAUGAAAUUAAAAGUAUUAUUAAAUAAUUUGAUGAUCUAAAACCAUAAUAAUUAAGCCAACUUAAAUUAUUAGAUAACUUUAUUAAUGAAUCAUAUAGACAUUAUACUGCAGUUCCUUCAUUGUUCAAUAGGAUAGCUAUUAAAGAUAUUAAAUUAGAAGAAUUUGUUAUCUAAAAAGGAUAGAGUAUGGAUUUAAAUAUGAUGAUGAGUCAUUUUGAUCCAUCUAUUUUUAAAAACCCACUUAAGUUUGAUAUUGAUAGAUGGAAUUCACCAUUAUUAGAUACAUAUUCUUUUACUCCAUUUUCAGCUGGCCCUAGAAAUUGUAUUGGAUAACAUUUAGCAACUUUAGAAAUGAAGACCUUGCUUGUUUACCUUAUUCUAAAUUUUAAUUUAGAAUUAAAUAGUGGUAAGAUUUAAUUAGGAUUGGCAAAUAUGUACGGUCCAACACGCAGAGAUUUCUUAGUAUUGAAAAAUAUUAAUAAAUAAUUAUGAGUUCAAAUCCUUAUUUUCUAAUUCUUCACCAUUAAUAUGACCAAGCUCUUCAAUUAUUGGUUAAUGAUGAUUACGAGACACUUGUAACCAAAUCAUUAGCAUAAUAUCAUCUUGGCAAAUAUGAUGAUGCAUUAUCAACAUUAGACAAAGCUAUCUAAUUAAGUACUGACAGAUUUGAAGCAUAUUAUAGAAAGGGUAUUAUGUAGAAAUAUAUUUAGGAUUGAUCAACUUCAUAUGUGGAAAGAUCUAAUAAGCAUAGUUAGAUUUAUAAAAAAGUCUUGUACUAAAUCCAAACCAUAAGGAAACCUAACAAUAGCUUUCGAAAUGUGAAUUAGAACUCAAGAAUAAUAAACUUGUCUAAACAACUUAAGAAAAGUAAAGCAUCAUUUCAUUUUUAGACUAAUAUAGUAAUAAAAAGAAGUCCCUUAAAAUUGUGGAGCUCAAAGAAAAGAUAUUUAUUCAGCAUCAGGCAAAUAGAUGUAUAAGUGGUAUCAAACAGAUUUGAAAGUUGGCAUAGAAAUACAUCAUGCAUUACCAAAUAGUGCAGACUUAAAAUAUUAGUUUGAAAAAUAAAGGUAUUCAAUAAAGCCAUAUUUAGAUUACAAUUAUCAUUUCCUAUUGAAUAAGCUAAUAAUUUUGAACUUGAUUUAGAUUUAUUUGCUGAAAUUAUUCCUGAAACCAGCAAAGCAAAGGUAGGAUUGAAUUCAAUUGAAAUUAUUAUGGAUAAGAAGGAUAAAACAUUGAAUUGGAAUACAUUGUAGAAAAAAGUUGAAGAUAAAUAAUAAAUACCAAUAAUUGAAUAAGCAGCAUAUCCAACUUCAUCAAAAGUAAAGAAGGAUUGGAGUAAAAUAGACAAAGAGAUUGAAGAGGACAUCAAUAAACAUAAGGAAGAAUAUGGUGAAGAUCCUUUGAAUAGUUUAUUUAAACAAAUUUAUUAAAAUGGAGAUGAGAAUACUAGAAGAGCUAUGAUAAAAUCAAUGUAAACUUCAUAAGGAACAGUAUUGUAAUAAAUUGAAUUUAAUUAUUAUUUAGAUCAACAAAUUGGGAUGAAGUUAAAUCUAAAGAUUAUGAAAAGAAGGAUAGACCAUCACCUCCAAAAGGAUAAGAAUAUAAAAAGUUAGGAUGAGUU